AUGUCUCUGCAUCCUGUCCAUGGCCAGGACCCAUUGACGGCCCUUCAAAAGCUCGAAGGAUCUCAGCUCAUUGUUCCUGUUGUUUCUAUCGGAAACACUCCGCAAUUGGCUACAGACCUGUUGAUCCACACGUUCGCUGCCAAGCUGGUGGCGAGACUUGACGAUAUUUAUUUAUAUCCAUUUGCGUCGCCCGUCGACUACGUGGACAAGCCAGCUACGGGGAUCACGUCUGGUUUGGAGAUAUACUACUGCGAGGACCAGAAUCUGACGAUCUUGCAGCAAAGAACGCCUAUCUUACCGGGACUCACCAAACGGUUCUUGAGCGAGCUAAUCGUGCCAUUCAUCAACAUGGCCAAGUUCAGCCGCGUGCUGGUGCUCCAGAGCAACGAUAUGGGUCUCAGAGAGGACAAACACGCAAACCACAAGUACCUGUUGUGGUCGAACCAGAUAACAAAGAUCAUCGAGACGUUGCAGGUUUCGGAGAGCGGGGUGGCUGUUGUGCGAGAAUCUACCGAGCUUGACGGCGUGGGAAAACUGGUGAUUGAGGCUCUCGAACAGCAACCUUCCCCCACCGCCAAACUGGCCCCUGCAGUGUCAGGAUCGCUCUCGCUCAACGCACAGGCACACGCGUCGAUCGACGCGGCGUUCCUCUCGAUGUUCGUUUACGAAGGAGACAACUCGGACGACUCGAAGCUGCUGGCGGCAGAGGCGCUGAAAGUGCUAAACAUCCAGGGCCCAUCCAAAUGGACGCAGCCUGUGUCGUGGCGAGGCGUCUACGGAAACAAACAGGUUCCGUCUGGAUUGGAGUUUGGUGUAUACGCUUAA